CGGGCUGGUACACGGUACACGUAGCUCUUCAUAAUUGGUGACACCAUGGGCGGCCCGAGUAUAUUAAUUAUUAACGUUAUGUGCGAAUUACGGACUACGGUUACUAUAAUAUUGUGCUCAAUAUCACUGUAAUUAGUAAUAUACCGUGCUAAUUUACUGUGGAUAAUUUAUUAUUAUUAUUUACAGCAGUCCGUUUGGUAGUCAUAUUGAGGUAUAAGGUUAUUAUUAAAUUUUUUUUCUGAUACCACUAUCAUGAUGUCAUAAAGUGUUAUCAUCACUAUAAUCAUUAAUCGUGAUAAUUUUAGAUAACUUUUAACUAAACACUAUCAUAUUAUUCUUUAACUUCUACUUUUUAUUGUGUCCCUUGCUAAUACAUCCAAGUACUCCAUAUAUUUAGAAUAUUUAACGAUUAAGAACAAUUUAAUAUUUUGUUUUUCGGAGUCUCUGAGCUGGUAGGCUAUCGACGAGUUUACAGCACAACCGUAUAGACCAACAAAUAGGAUGAUAUAUGAACUAAAAAUAAGCUGACAGUAUUAGGAACACGAUAUGGCUUUUUUCAUGCAUUUGAGUCGAGAAGAAUAUUCAGAAUUUGUUUGCGGUUGUGGAGCUGCUAUUAUUAAUGUGGGAAUUACCUUCCCAAUUAAUAAAAUCAUAUUCAGACAGAUGCUACAUGGAGUAGGCCUAAGGAAUGCAGCUUCUCAACUUAUGAAUGAGGGGUUUUCUACUCUUUAUCGAGGGAUUUACCCGCCAUUAUUUCAGAAGACAAUCUCUACAUCAUUAAUGUUUGGCACUUAUGACGCAAUCCAAAAACCACUUCUGGAAUCUAAUUUGAACUCCAGAUUAGCCAAAGUCAUUGCAGCAUUGGUGGCUGGUACAGCGGAAGCUACGUUAACACCGUUUGAACGUAUACAAACAUUACUUCAAAACAAUCAUUAUAAUAAAAAUUUUAUAAAUAUGCGUCAUGCAAUAAAAGUUAUUGCUACUGAUUAUUCAGUAUCUGAAUUUUACCGUGGUCUUACACCGAUUUUGUUGCGUAAUGGGCCCUCUAACAUUUCCUUUUUCUUAUUACGUGAAGCUGCCAACUCUUAUAUUGUGAUACCCCCUACAGCAUGGACAGGCUAUAAAUUAUUUAAAGAGUUUCUGACCGGGGCUUUUAUUGGUGCUUUAAACAGUGCUCUUUUUUAUCCAUGCAAUGUACUCAAAGUGCACAUGCAAAGCGACUUGGGAGGCCCAUUUAAAAGUAUUAAAGAAGCUGCAAUCGAAAUUUAUCAAGAACGUGGAAAUAGGGUAUCAUAUUUUUAUCGAGGAGUACACAUGAAUUAUACAAGGUCAUUUAUUAGUUGGGGCGUGGUAAAUGUUGCAUAUGAAAAUUUAAAGUAUUUUCUGAAAAAUAAUUAAAUGACAUGUAGUAUUAGAUAAUUAUUUUUGCUUCUCUGAAAUGUUUGUUUCACCUAAUUUAUGUUUUUUGUUGUUCAAUAUUUAUUAUACCAACUUGCUUAAUAAAUACUGUUAU